GGUGAAAAAUCGAAGCCACAUAAUGUCUCAAUCCGGCAGGUUACAUCAUCUCGGCUGGUGUGCUUUCAUCAUUGUGGCGGCACAGACACUCUGCAUCCUACAACUAACACAAGGCGUUGCCAGUAUCACGACUGUGUCUCCAGUUAGUUUUCAACCGAACAACAAUACAAACACGGCGAGUACCAAUGGCCUACCCUCCACAGCACCCACAGGCACGUUGGCCACAGGAACAAACCAUGCUCGGGACUCAUCCACCCUGCAUCCAUCCUCCACCGCUGCACCGAAAGUACAACGCAAGCGGGGUAGCAUUAGCGGGGGCAAGAAGAAUGUCGUCGUACAGCCGCCAACACCGCUGGACAAUGCGAACAAUUCGCGCGAGGCACUCUCCCACGAGGGCAGCGAACCGGUCGUCUACGUUUCGGAUACGUCCGGUUACAUACCGCUCACCGCACUGCAAUCGUCCCAUCCACGAUUACCACCGCCUCCGGUGUAUGGUGGAGACAUCGAUGCAGCCUGGCGUCCGGAUCCCUGGGACAGGGAUUACAAUCGGCGCUAUCGGUUCAACAAUACUCGUGUCCAGCAUAUCGAAGCUGAAUGUCAGGAUGAUUACAUGAAAAUACGCAUCGGGUUCAAUGGGUCCUUCAAUGGGCUUCUUUACUCCUCUGGUUACGCGUACGAUCCGGACUGUAUGUACAUCAAUGGUUCCGGUCGCGACUACUACGAGUUCUUCAUCCAGCUGAACCGUUGCGGUACGCUGGGAAAGAAUGCGAUCGGUGAGGAUAGUCGCAAGAAUCCAACGAAAAACUUCAUGUGGAACACGGUGACGGUGCAGUACAAUCCACUGAUCGAGGAAGAGUUCGACGAGCACUUUAAGGUGACUUGCGAAUAUGGGUACGAUUUCUGGAAAACGGUGACAUUUCCAUUUCUCGACGUCGAAGUCGCAACGGGAAAUCCGGUAGUGUUCACGCUCAGCCCUCCGGAAUGUUACAUGGAGAUACGGAACGGUUACGGAACGAAUGGUGCUCGUGUAACGGGUCCGGUACGUGUUGGCGAUCCGUUAACUCUUAUCAUUUACAUGCGCAGCAAGUACGAUGGGUUUGACAUCGUGGUAAACGAUUGUUUCGCACACAACGGGGCCAACAAAAGGAUUCAGCUGAUCGACGAGUAUGGGUGUCCGGUUGAUGAUAAGCUGAUUUCGCGAUUCCGCGGUAGCUGGUCCGAUACGGGCGUGUUCGAGACGCAGGUGUACGCCUACAUGAAAACGUUCCGGUUCACGGGCUCACCAGCACUGUACAUUGAGUGUGAUGUUCGCAUGUGUCACGGACGAUGUCCGAGUCAACCUUGCCACUGGAGAAAUCUGAAAGGCGUCACGAAACGUGAGGCCGUUCAACCGCAGGUCAACACCACACUGUCGGACAACAUUAGCCUCUUCCAAGCGCUCCGAGUGUUACAGGAGGAAGAUGAAGAGGCACGCACGAAAAAGGAAUCGAUCACCUCUGCUAAACCUCAAGACAUGUCGGAAACGUGCAUGAAAACUUCCGUCCUGUCUGCCCUGCUCGCCACGUGCUGCGUGAUGCUUUGUGUGCUCGGUGGUUCUUUGCUAGCAGCAUGCGCCAAGCUACGAUAUCGCAAGAAAGAUGCUGCCUUCUUCGACAACUACGUAGGCCAUAAGGCACAGCUGGAUUGAGCUGC